AUGACCCUGCGCUCGGCCGAAUCCUCGGAUGGCACCGACAGGGCUGGGGCCGAGUGGGAAGCUGGAGGAGCCGCGGCGGAACCUGCUGAAGGGGAACGCCUGGACUCUGCCAUGCGGGAGUUGAGAUGCGCGGGAUGGUAUUGGGGAAGCAUGAGUGUUGCAGAAGCAAAGGAAAGAUUACAAGAAACAUCUGAAGGGACUUUCUUGGUCAGAGACAGCUCUCACUCAGAAUAUUUACUUACUAUUUCAGUCAAAACCUCAGUAGGUCCUACCAACUUACGAAUAGAAUUUCAAGGUGGUAAAUUCAGUCUGGAUUCUGUUAUCUGCAUUCGAUCAAGACUCCAGCAAUUUGAUAGUGUGGUUCACCUAAUUGAAUAUUAUGUCCUUAUGUGCAAGGAUAGAAGAAUGGUUUCUGAAAUACCUUCCAAUGGAACAAUCCAUCUUUAUCUGAACAAACCUCUCUAUCAUUCAACACUGUCUCUACAGCAUCAGUGUAGAGUAGCAAUAAACAGAUAUACAAGUAAAAUCCAGGAACUUCCGUUACCAACAAGAUUGAAGGAAUUCUUAAAGGAAUAUCGAUAUCGGGUAUAAGCAUCUACUCAGCCUCAUUUUAAGAAAACAGGUCCUGAAUACAAUUUGUAAGAAAUCAAAAUCUUCAGCUGCAUGAACGUAUCAUGUAGGUCACUGUGAAAAUGGUAUGUUAUUGUGUAUGUUUGUGGAUUUUAGUAGAGGACUUGGAUUUAAUGUUCACUAUUACAACUUUGGUGCUCAGUAAGCUCCCUGAUGGUAUUAGAAUUACAAGCUGGGGGAAAAUGUGUUUCAGUGGGAACAAGUGCCUACAAGAGAAUGGUUCAUUGCUCUUUGAUACCUAUGCACUCACUUUGUUCUUAAUAUAAAUGAGGCAGUUUUGUAUGGUUCUCUUACAGAGAGCCAUCUUGUGAAAUAUUACUA